AUGUUUGGAUUGAAUCCGAUGACGGAGGCGGGUGCAUUCGCGUGCACACACGACUGGAUGCGGAGGCAAGGACGCAGGGUGGCUUACCCGGGGCAGAGGCGAGGCGCGAGUCUGUCCCCCGAAUGUCGAGGUCGAGCCCCAGAGCCUUCCCUGCGGUGGGCGGGAGACUGCACGCGUGGCUGGGGGGAUUCCGAGGUCGCCCGAUCUCAGCCUGCGAUCACCCUACGACCCGAGAGACGAUCCGCUGUCGUUGCAGGUCUCCCGGUGAGCAUUGAAGACACCCGCAGCGGGAAGAAGGUGUCCGAUUCACCAUACCACAUUUUCCUGUUCGCCAACGAGAUCGGGAGCCGACACGGGGUCGGACGGAUCGACAUCGUCGAAAAUCGCUUCAUCGGCAUCAAGUCCCGCGGAGUGUACGAGACCCCCGGAGCGACGAUCCUCCACGCGGCCCACCUGGACCUGGAGACGUUCGUGUUGGACAGGGAAGUCCUCCGGCUCAAGAUGCACCUCAGCGGGCGGAUGGCCGACUUCGUCUACAACGGAUUUUGGUUCAGCCCCGAAAUGGAGUUCACGCGAAGGUGCAUUUCCAUAUCUCAGGAGCGGGUCACCGGGAGCGUCGACCUCAAGGUCUACAAGGGCAACGUGUACGUGUUGGGGCGAGCCUCGUCGCUGAGUUCCUACAACCAGGCGCUGGCGUCGAUGGACGAGCACGGGCCCAACAGGCCCGAGAACGCCGAGGGAUUCAUUCACAUACACAGCCUCCGGCUCAAGGAGUGGAGCGCCAAGAAGUCGCAGUAAAUAGCGGGUGCAUCCUCGCUGCUUUCCGUAGUCUCGGUCGCGCAUGAUGCUUUGUGCGGAUGACUUUCUAGUCGCUUUUUUUUUCUACACUUUUUUUGGAUGUCUUCUCGUCCGUGUGACACCCUCCUCUCCAAUAAAGAAAAGUGGCGAUUUCAAAAUACA